CACACCGACCCAACCCAACAUCAUGCAGUCUACUCCAAUCGUUCUGGUGGCAAUCGUCCUCUUUGGCGCCGCCAUGGUGCGAGCCUUUGACGAGAAGGAAGCAAUGGCCAAGCUGAUGGAGACAGCCGAGGGCUGCCUUGCGGAGGUGGGUGCCAGCGACGCCGAUCUGCAGGACAUGAUCAAGAAGCAGCCGGCCAGCACAUAUGCCGGCAAGUGCCUGCGCGCCUGCGUGAUGAAGAACUUCGGGCUGCUGGGCGCCAACGGCAAACUGGACACGGAGGCGGCUCACGAGAAGGCCAAGCAGUACACGGGCAACGAUCCGGCCAAGCUAAAGGUUGCCCUGGAGAUCGGUGACACCUGCAGCGCCAUCACUGUGCCCGACGAUCACUGCGAGGCCGCCGAAGCCUACGGCAUGUGCUUCAAGAGCGAGGCCAAGAAACACGGACUUAUUUAAACGCUUCCACAGCUGCACCACAUGGACACGCCGACAAUGUUCCCUGGAAUCCCAAAUUUGUAUCUUUAAGUUUUGAUUAAUCGAAGUCGAGUAAAAUAAAUGCAUUGAAA